AUGUAAUCUGGAUAGCUAUUGAAUUUGUAAAGGCUGGAAAGAUAAUACUUGUAAACUCUUUCUUAGAAUGGAUGGGAAUCUCCUGUUGUAGUUAAUGCAGCAGUUGAAUUUGCUAACACUUUAAUAAGGGAUGGAAGAGCACUAUUAAAAUGUGGUAACAAUCCUUAAGCAGAAAUGUUUUUUAAUCGAGCAAAAGAAGUUGAACAAUAAUAUUAAUAUUUAGAUUACAACUCCUAUUUCAAUGACCAGUGGGAUAUUUUAUACAGCAAAUUUUGUUCGAGCAAGAGGUAAUUCAAUUUUGUAGAUUGUGUAAUUGUAUGAGUAAUAAAAUCAAUAUCAAAAAGCUUGGAUGAAUAUUAAGGAAGUAUUGCCAUUUAUGGAAAAGUUUGCAUAUACAAAAAGAAUAAAUAUUAACGAAGAUGAUUAACUUGUUUUGAAAUUAUAUGUCUAAUUGCUUUUUCAUGGAUGUGAAGUGUGUAGAAUGAUGCAUAGAAAGGAUGAUAUGUUGGAUUAAUGUAAUAAAUAUGUUGAAAUUUUAAAUCGUUUGGGUAUCACAUUCGAUUCUUUAAGAAAUCUAACAAAGGACGAAUUUCAUUAGGAUUACAAAAAAUGGUUUUUGAUGUUAGCUAAGGCUUUUUAUUAUAUUGGCAAAUCCUAAUUCAAGGUGGGAUUCGAAAAGGAAGCAUUACGUAAUUUGUACAAAUCUUGGUAAAUUUUUGAAUUGAUAUAUGGGUUGGAUGCACCUGCAACUAUAAAAGCAAGAGAUAAAUAUGAGAAAUUGAGUUAGAAAAUGGAAUUUGAAAUGAUUAUGGGAAAAGAAAAAGUUGACUUUUAAUAAUUCAAAGAUGAUUUGCAGAAAGACGUUGGUUAAGAAUUACUCAAAAAAGUAAUUACUCUUAAGCCAAAUAAAAACUUUAAUGUAUUAUUUUUAUAAUUCAUACAAGCAUCAUAUCAUUCAAUAAGUGAAAUCAUAUCAACAAAUUGUAGGAUAAUUAUCAUAACACACAACUAAAUACUAAAUGCCAGAAUAUGUGAAGAAAGUUAGAAUAGAAUAUGAAGAUAAACUGAGAACAAUAUCAUUCUAAUAAAAACAUGAGGAAUCCAACUCUAAAUAUAAACAAUAUCAAAUAAAAAAUAAAAAAUCUUCAUCUAGAGCUAUCUCUACUUAUAAUUAAUCUCUUUUACCAUAAGAAAGAUUGUUUUCACCUAAAUUAUCCAAUGCAACUUAAUCAUAAAGAACAAGUCUCUAUUAAUUAGACAAUCAUAUGGAUUAGCUUAAGUAUAUUAUAACCAUUUUCAUAGAGAAUAAUUGUACACAACUGAAUUGAAGAAGGAUACUACUGAUGAAUUACUUUUAUCUAGGCCAUAAAUCAAAUCUGAAUAUGUUUUACAAAAAAAGAAAACUGAUAUUAAAUAAACUGAAUCAGCUCAACCUAUUAAAAAUAUUAGUAAAAAGAAAUUCAAAUCCAAUAGAAUGAUUCCUAGAAUUUUAAAUAAAUAAAGUACUCAAUUGAUCAAUCUUAAAUCUGAGUCAUAAUAGAGUGAAUAAAAAAUACAUAAGAUGCAAACUAUGUAAGAGUUAAACUUUUUAUAAUAAUGUGAUGAUCUUCGUCAACCAACCACAGAAUCUGUAUUAAUAUAAUAAUAGUAACAACAAUAAUAAACUUUAUAAAUUCCUCUAAUAUAAAAUGUAUUAACAGAAAUGUCUGAAUAAAGUGAACAUCUAUUUGCUGAUUUACUCACUAAAUAUACUAUGGAAUAACUUAAUCUUGCUGCUUCUAUAAUUCAAAAUGCAUAUAGGAAACAUGUUUUAAAUAUAAAAAAAAUUUAAUCUGCCAAAACUAUUGAAUUAACUCCCAUCAAUCUCCCUAAACCAGUUAAUGUUACUUAAGUUAGUGAAAAAAUUGAUAGUUAACAAACAGGUAGGAAUUUAAUGAAAGUUUCUGUUAAAGAUAUGAAAAAUUCAGUGAGAAAAAGAAAUUUUGGAUUUGAUUCAAUUGUGAGAGAAAUCAAAAAUACUGAUUCUGAUAAAAGUAGUUCUAAUAAAGCUAAAACUGUAUUCUAAAUCAAUUUAAUUAUCAUAGUUAGUAUAAAUUAUCAAAGAAUUUUACAGUUUGCCAGAACCUGAAUUGUAUUUUCUAUCUAAGAUUUUCUUUGACUAUGAAAUCAAGAUAUGGAAACUCUCUAAUAUAUGUGUUAGAGCUUAUAGUGAUGCUAAUUCUUAAAAUUAGUAAAGUGAAGAUGAAUAAGAGAUAUAACAUGAUAUAUCACCAAGCGAAAUUUGUAUAAAUUUAUAAUAAUUUAAAUUAGCACAUUAAUUACAAUAUAUCAUGAAUAUUUUUGCAGAUGUUCAAUCUAUUAAAGCAUUAUAAUUAAUAGUCUAUUUUAGACUAUCAAAUGAUAAAUAAUAAUACACACUUAAUUUCAAAAUUAAUAAUUUUGCAAAUUAUUUAGAUGAAUAUUAAAAAUGGUUUUCAAAAGAUCGUCUAUAGAAUUUUAAUGGUUUAUUAAGUAUUUAUUGUAAUUAAUAAUCUCUACAUCAACCUAAUAAAUGUCAAGCCAUAGUAUAUUCAGCAUAAGAAUAUGCUCAUGAAAUUGUGGGCAAACUUUUAUAUGCCUUAAAGAAUCAUUUUUAUUUAAUCAGAUCUGUUGUUGGAUUUAAAAUAGUUUCAAUGAAGGAUGUUAUCCAAAAUCAAUUACAACAUGAAAUAAUUGAUAUAAGAUCUUAUUACAAAAACAAAUAAAUUGAAAAAGAGAAUAAAAGAUUAAUGCUCUUAAAAUAGUUUAGAAUAGAUCCAAUAAGGAUUAUUGAAUGUUAAACAGAAGAAUUACCAACCAUAUCAUCAUCAAGAAAUAGAAGACAAUAAUUAUACACAGAAGAAAUUAAAUAAUCUUAAGAAUAAAGCAUUGUAGUUUAAGAAUCUGAAGAUAAUAAAUCUGAAUAUUCAAAAGGAAUCACAUCCUAAUCACCAACUGAUUAAAAAAAUUAUUCGAAUCAUUAUAAAUCUAUUGACAAUAUCUCAGAAAAACAAAUCAUUCAAGAAAUUCCACAAAGAAAUCCAAAGAAAUAAUACUCUGUUAUUCAUAAUAGAAAUACAAUGAUUAGUCCUAGAUUUGAUAAUAUUAUCUCUUCAUAAGCCUUGAUUCGUAAUAGUGUUUAAAGAAAAACUCAUGGAAGUCAUUUUUUAGAAUUUUCAAAAAAACAUAAUUUAUAGCUAAUAAAAAAAGAUGAAUUGAAUUUUGAACCUCCACUUUCCAAAUAAAGUUUGGAUGAGUAAAUUAAAGAUCGAUCUUAAUCAGAUAUAUAAUUUCUAAAUGAUUAUCUACCUGAAUUUUAAUUUGCCACUUUAGCUAAUUUUGAAGAUUAUAAACCAUAAGAAGGACCAACUAUUAAUUUUAAAUAUUAAGUCAAUUAUAAAUCAACUUAUUUUCCACCUAGAGGUUAAAUAAUCUACCCUGAACCUGAAUAAUUUCUUCCUGAGUAUCCAGAUUAAUUUAUCAUACUGAAUAUUACCAUAAAGAAUGAUAAUCGAAUUAAAACUGGGUAUGUGUAUUAUGAUGAGGGUUAAACAUAUUUAAUAGUUGAUAAUAAAGAUGGAAACAUUACGAAGCAACUAUUAUAAAUAGAUCCCGGCUUUAGAUUACCAAACCGUAAAAAGAAACUAUAGAUUUUGAAAUAAUUAUAAGAAAAAAAAAACGAAUCUGUUAAAUCUUCCCUAAUUUAAGAGUUUUUACAAUAUAAUUAUAGACAUACUCUAAUUUUGCUUGAAAGAUACGUAAGAAGAAUUAAUCAUUAUAAUGAGUUCAUAUAGAAUGAAAUCUAUUAAUAAUUAUGCAGCAAUCAAAUAUUACCCCCAACUUCAAUUAAAUGCCUUAAUUAUUCAGAAAAAAAAGUUUCUUUGGAAUUGUUUUAAGAUUAUGUUAGAACAGAAACUGAAGAGAGUACUUAAUUAACUAUUGAAAAGGCUAUUUCUUAGAUCAAUGAAGAUGAGAUAAAGGAUAGUAAAUCUUUCCUAGCUUAUAGAUCGAAGUUUAACAUAAAUAAAAAUAAAUUAUAUUACUUUUAAAGUCAUUUUAAUUUAAAGGUUGAAGUUUGUUUUCGAGAAACAAAAAUUCGGGAUACAAAAUUAUUGUAUUUAAGUGACUAAUAAGCAAAAUAAGAUUUAAUUGUUUUAAAGAAGAAUAUGCACGAAUUGAUCAAUAAUCAGAAACUUUAGUUGAAGAUUACACUCUACAAUCCAAAUAAAAAUUUAUAUUUUUUUAGAACUAUUAACACUGUUGAGGAUAUUGAAAAAAUGCUUCAUAUCUUUGUUAAGCCUUAAUUGAUUGGUUAUUAGAUAAAAUCAUAAGCUAAAAUGCAAAGAAAAUUGAUAGGAAGAGCUUUGUAAUUUCAUCGACAGUUUGUAGAUUUGGAGGAAAGAAAUAGAGAUAAAUUUAGUGCUUUAGACUAAUUUUUAUUGAUGUAUAUAAUUGAUCCUUUACAAUUCAUAAAUAAUGAAAAUCAUAGAUUGUUAAAAUAAACAAUCCUAUUUUAUUAUUUUAAAUAGCAAUUGAAGUUGACUUUAAUAUCAUCUAGUCGUUUGAGGUAUUUCAUGAAAACAUAUUUUCAUCUCAAAACUUUUAAGGCUUAAAGUAAAGUUAGUAAUAUUGGAAAGGUGUUUGUAGAAUGUGAGGUUUAUUAGUUUAAUUAAUUUUAUUUAGAUCAAGUAAACAAUGAUCAUACUUAUUUCUAUUUUCAAAUAACUCCUUAAGAGAGUAGAACUAAGGUUUUUAAACUAGUUUUAGAUAUUGCAGAUAUAAAGAGUCUCUACAAUAAGGUGACAUCACAAAACUGUUUUAAAGAUAAGGUUUUACAUGAAAUCAUAAAAAUCUUGACUGCUUAUCUAGUAUGUUAAAGAACAAAUACUUAUCAUGGAAUAAAAAUUCCUUUGUCAUAUAUUGCAAAUCAAUCUAAAUAUGAUCUUCAUAAUACAUUCACUGAAGUUACUUAUGGAAGUAACAUUCUUGAAGAACAAUAAAAUGCAAGAUCUUCACAUCCAAAAUUAUCAGUUUUAAUGAGUGAUCCUACUCUUAGAAAAAAGUCUUAAGCUUAGAUUAUGGAAGUUUAAAUUGAUAAUUUGUAAUUACCCGAAGAAGCUAAUAAAGUAUUAAAAAAUACAACUAUGCUUACUCCAAUUUUUAGAGGAUAAAAAUUUAUAUACAAAACAACUAAAAUUGUAAACAAUAUGUAUGUAAUAAUAACUAUAUCUUAUCUAUCUUUAAACAAAUUUCAAAUCGGAUUAUAUAUACCAUAAACAUGCAGAAAUUUUAGUUGCUAUAUAUCAUCAAGUGAUUUCCAUAAUAUGAAUCCAGUUUUUUUAGAAUCAAUAUUUCCAUCUUGUUUAGUAACCAAAGAGACUAUUGAUUAAUUUUACAUUAAUAGAUGGAAAUUUGCAGAAAUGAAUAAAAUUUAUCAAAUGGCAGUCAAUCAUCCAGAUGAAUUUGAAGAUUUUUAUAGUGAGAUGCGUAGCCAAGCUAGAGCAAUUCCAUAAUCUGAACUUCAAAAAUUAACUGAAAGCAAGGUUUCUAUUAAUUAUGAGGAGGAAUUUUUAGAAAAACCAUAUGAUGAUAAUACUCCUAAAAUGCUUGAAUCUUUUAGUGAUUAAAGCAGAUAAAAUGCAAGAUCAUCAACUUAACCACCUGUCUUUGUAAAAAAGUAAUUUUCUAAACAGUUUUCAGUUUAAAAUUCUAUUGGUCAAUCAAAUCCUAUGAGAUUAUCUUUGCCAACCUCAUAGUUUUAAUAAAAGACAGAUAAAAGUCUCUUUUAUAAACAUAGCCCCAGAAUAUCAAAUUAAUGUAGUGUGGAAAAUCUGUAUUCAAGUGAUAAAGAUUUAUUCUUUAAUUAAGUCCUUAUAAGGAAGAAUAAUCUUGAUAUGAUUUCAACUUUUGAAAUUAAAAUUUGGGAAUCUCUUAUUGACAGAGUUUAAAUUUCUAAGAAUACUUAAAAUCGAUUCAUACUGAAUCUAGAUACAUUCAAAGGGGUUUUGAGAGAAAAUUUAUAUACAUAAGUUGUAUAUUUGGGUAAUGAAGUUAAUGCCUUAUUUGAAGUAUUUGUUGAAAAUGUUCGAAAACCAUUCAAUAUGUCUAAGCCUUAUUUCCCCAUUAGAUUAAAUGAGAGUCAGAAUUUUUAAAUGUAUUAAAGAAUCACACUUUUCGAACAACCAAAAAUAGUCAAUUUUAAAAUGAUGUUAAGAAAAGUAUUAUAUAGUUAUUACAAUGAUGAAAAGAGAAAUCUUCAGAAUUUAAAGUUGAAUGAUUGUAGCGUAGAUCAAUAUGAAUUCAUAGAAUCUGAUAUUUAGAAGUGUUCUGUAUACAUGCUUAACAAACUAAAAAAGUAAUUAAAAUUGAAUCCCUCUAAAUUUAUUGUUUAAGAAGUUGAAGGGGAUGAGAAGUGCCCAUAAGUAAUUAAAGUAAAUGCAAAUUAUGCUUAAUAUUCUUCUUUCAAAGUAUGUAUUAAUAUAUAAUAUUUAGGCUUACUAAUAUACAUUAUUAAAAAGGAUGGUAUUUACAAUGAAACCAACUUAGAUACACGUCUCAAUUUUUUAUUAAGAAAAGCGAAAAAAGUUUUGCUUAUACUUUGAAAGUAUGAAAAAUUGCAAAAAUACAAUUGUCAAAUAUAGUUUAAAGGAAAUUCAACAUUGCAUUCCAAAUACAAUCGGGUUGUUGAAUUUAGGCCUACAUUAGGAAUUGGGAAAUAGAAUAUAUCGUAGUUUUAAAAACAGACUUUUGGUCUCAACAUAUCAAUAAUUAUUAUGA